AUGACCAACUACCACUAUGAACUUACCUAUAUAGAAAAGUUAGAAUUAUCAAAAUCUAAGUUAACUGAACAAUCUAAAUCUACUCUUACUCAAAACCCUAAUACUCAACAACAAUCUCAGCUGACAAUACAGCAACAACAAACCCAACAGCAACAGCCAGUUAGUAAUUCUAAUAAUACUCAUAUCAGUACUAGUAACUCUCAACAAGAUAAUACUGAACAACAACAAUCAUUAACUAAUAACACAUAUCAACAAUCUUCACAACAAUCUCUACAAGCUAAUGACCAAAAUCCUACUGCAGACCAA